UCAGAUUGAUCACAGCAGAGUAAGAUGUCGUUUGCUGUGCCGUCCAUGCCGGCGGAUAAUGGAACCCCUGUCAAACAGCAGAAACUAUCCACACAAGAACCGCUGUCUGAUGACAGCCAUGACUUUGAUAAAGAAACCCAGAGAGCUUUGGAAGAGAUUGAUUCGUGCCAAAACGAAAUAGAUGCUCUGAAUGAAAAGGCUAGUGAAGAAAUCCUCAAAGUUGAACAGAAGUAUAAUAAGCUAAGGAGACCACACUUUGACAAAAGAAACGAGUUGAUCAAAAAGAUACCCAAUUUCUGGGUAACAGCAUUAGUAAACCACCCACAAACAUCAGCUAUACUCGAUGAAGAGGAAGAAGAAUGUCUUCACUACCUGAAUAUGAUAGAGGUAGAAGAAUUUGAAGACAUCAAAUCAGGGUACAGAAUUAAGUUCCAGUUUUCACCAAAUCCCUUCUUUGAAAAUGAAUUGCUCUGUAAGGAGUUUCACUUAGCUGUCUCAGGUGAGCCCGCCUCCAAGUCCACCCCAAUAAUAUGGAAAGAUGGAAUGGACUUGAGCACAAAAGCCCAGCCUUUACAAGAUAAAACCAACAACAGGAAGCGAGGCAGACCAGUCCCCCGUACAUUUUUCUCCUGGUUUUUAGACAAUGGAGAUCCUUCAGUGGAUGACAUUGCAGAGGUCAUUAAAGAUGACAUGUGGCCCAACCCGAUACAGUAUUACCUUGUCCCAGAGGUAGAGGCUAACGGUGUUAGUGACGAAGACGAGUUUGAUGAGGAAGGGGCAGAUAACUCUGUGUAUGUGAUUGAUGAUGAUGAGGACGACGAUGAUGUUUUGGAAGAAGUUGAUGAACAUGAUGAUGUGGAAGAAAUUGGGGAUGAUACAAUAGAUGAUGAUGGAGAUCUGGAGUCUGAUGAGGUUCUCUUGGAAGGGGAGGUUGAUGGUGAAGAUGAUGGAGAAGAGGAGGAAGAUGACAUAGAAGAGCUGGAAUAUGAGUAUGAAGAUAGGGUUGUGUUAGAUGACACAGAUGACACAGAUGAACCGGGUGUGGCUGUGGAAAACCUUGUUCAGGUGGAGGAACAGGGUAGUCUUGCGGGAACGGCUGAAGAGGAACAAUUAUCAGUGUCAGAUUCUACCAAUGUGGUCACAUCAGCUGAUGGUGAUGCAGAUGGUGAAGUUGCAGAAGGCGAAGUAGUAGAAGAGGAAGAAGCCAGUGAGGCAAAAGAGACUGACCAACCUGCAGGUACAGGAGAGGAGGAAAAGUGAAAAGUGUGAAUAUGUGGUUUCAAAAACAUUUUAUGAUACAUUUUGUUUUCAUCAGUUUACCCUUACCCUAGCCAUUAAAUGUUAAUUAAAGUAAGUCAGCUAAACAGGCCUGGAAUUCUGAUAGCCUGGGCUUGUUCUCUUCAUUGUACAUACAACAAGCAUCAUAUGAAUUCAGUUUUCAUACAGGAUUUUGUGGGAUUCUUCAUUUAAGUACAUGUACAUGGGUACUUACCACUCAGCUGUGGUUUCAUUUAAAGGAUUGUAAAAGAAUGUGUCUGUAGGUCUCGUUCAAAAUAAUUCAUAUCUGUCACAGGGUGACAUUCUUAAAGAAUUGAUAAACACUCAAAUACCUUUCGCUUAAAAUCCUGAUGAAAUUUUGUUGUUGAAAUGUAUCAGCAAUUAACAUGAUUUUGUAAGAUUGUAAAAUAUAUUCCAAACAGAAACUUCCAAUAUUCUCAGUCUACACUCCAGUCUAUUGUGAUUUGAAAAUAUCAUAGCAGGCUGGAAGAAAUUCUGUAAGUGUUAAAAAAUGCUGUAGUGUUAUCCUUGCAACAACAAUAUUUUAUCCAUAUACUGCAGGCUGGUAUCAAAUAAUGUGUAGAAGUUCUUAUGGAAGUCUCCAGAAAUCUCUCUUGCUUGUCAUUGAAUGGUUCAAAUCAGGCAGUUCCCCACGAUUUACCUUAUAUGUUGUACCCAAGUUGAACCACCUAAAAUGACCAUAAAUUUUGUAUACGACUAAAUUGCUCAUUUUUCUCAAUUAUGAAAGUUCUGUUGAUUUUAGAAAGGUGUUUUGAGGCUUGCUUGGAACACCAGAUGAUAUUAUACUGGAAAAUUGUAAGUUUCAGCAACAAAAAUAAUAUUUUGUGUCUUAAAAUUCCCUCUUGUUUUUUAGGUUUAAAGUGUUUUUUAGUCAUUUAGCUUAUUUGCUUUUCUCGCCCAGACAAACUAUGUGAGUAAAAAAAUUCUUUUUAAAACUGGAACAUUACUGAUCUAACAGUAUAUUUCAUGAAAAAUGUGUGCACCAAUCCUGCACCUAACUCUUGUCACAUGUUAAAAGGUCAUUAAACCAUUAGAAGAUGCAUUGCUUUAGCAAGACCUACACAUAUAGGAGGCCUCUUUGUUGGGUCAUACUGCUUGUUAAAAACUGUCUGAAUGACAUAAUAACCCGAUUUGAAUAAUUACAUUAAUUCAGGUUUGGUAAAGGCCAGCUGUCACAAGCCUUGUAUACAGAUGUGUACUACUGUAAUUCUUGAACCUUUUCGCAUGUUUGCAAGGUGUUUAUUCAAGCGUAUUCUGAAGGCAUUAUUCUGUGUAGCCUGAUUAAUGUAUACUUUUUGUGAAGCCCUGAAAUUGGCCAAUCCAACCAAUGUAGUUUCGUCCAGAAUAAAGUUAAAAAUGUGCAUAGGAUGCACUGAAAGUUGCUAUUUCAAUUGUGAAAAGGUUGAGGAAUUAGGGUAAUAGCUGAAAAGAUUUUUUUUUUUUGGAGAAGAUAUUCUGAUCAAUGGCGUUGGUCUGUCUUACUCUAUUUUAGGUGUCUCAGUUCAGCAGAUGUCCUGUUGUCAUACAGUUUGAGUUAGGUAUCAAGCCAUGGCACUAGAGAGCGCAUAAUUUACUACUAUUUAAGCAUUUACAUGUACAUUAGGAAAAAAAACCUUCACUCUGGUGACAAGAGGCCGUAUUUCACCAGUUACUUGCAACAAUUUGCCAACUGUCACACUGUUGUUUUACUCUCUGUAGUGUAAAUCUUAUAUUAUAUUACUAAAGCAGCACAUCUAAUGGUUUCAGCUUUGCAUGUAUUGAAAAGGUUAGGUAGAAAACAGCAGUGUAUUUUGCUUUGGCUUAAAGAGACAAACUGUCCACUCAUCGAUUUUGUUCUUUUGUGACCAUACAAGGCAAUGUAGUAUUUUCAGAUCGCAAUACUCUAACUCCAGCAAUUUUUCAAGAGUGACUGAGUAGCAUGCACAUGUACUCAACCUCCAUUUUCACAAAACGCUGUUAGACUUUCAGUUAGUGCAUCAUGCCAGUUGCAGGGCUGGUUUUCCAAAGCUAUCGAACUAAGGUGACUUAAAUCUUAUCGUCAACAUGAGCUAGACUUUGAAUACCAUUUUUACUAAUAUAUACUAUUUGUUACUUUUAAUAUAAAGGUCAGAUGUCAGCAAGGUUAGAUUAGUUUGUAAAUUUUAAUUUCAUUAUUGUCAUUUUAAAGGCAACUAAUGUUUUAUGGUAUUUGCAUUGAGGUUGAAGGUUGCUGCAUAGUUGCAUACAUGCUUUACAAAGUGUGUCGCUGCCUGAUAGAGUGGACUGUUACUUUUAGACUUGGACAUUCAGUUAUCCAAACUGUAUAAUAGUAAUGAUUUAUAGCCUUUGGCAUGGAUGCUCUCAGGGGAAGCCUGGUUUGAAUGAUACAUCUAGAGGCUCAAUGUUUAGUGACAUGACCCUAAGAUUGCAGUCCCUUUCUUCUUCGAAUGACAUGCUCAGUAACUUAUGAUUCAUAUAUGCAAAUUCUGAAAGUGGGGAUCUAAGGGUUGUCUGACAUGCAUGUACCACUCAUGCAUCGGAAUCGCAUGUUCCAAGUCCAUAUGUCGCAACAAUCUAAAAUACAAGUUUCCAAAGGAAUAUGCAAGAAAUAAUAUUUAAACAGUAAAAGCUUGUAACACGUAGGAGGGAAGCAGUCAUCAUUGAAUAGCUCAACAUGAGAACUAAGCCUGCACCUUGUAUACAGUUGCUAUUUGCCAUGAUCAUAUUGCUAGACUAGGUUGAUUGGCUGGAACACUCACGCUCGCUUAACUGACUAAUGAGUACUGUACUACAUAACUAUGUUUGAAGAGAAUCAAACAGAUCUAUUAAGAUGAAGUCUGAUGAUUUUACCAUUAAUGCCACAACAGCACUUUUGAGCUUUAGAUCGGAAAAAAGUCUGAUGGUGGAUUUUGUAUAUACGGUAUUCUGGCUGACAUCAAAUUCCCCGGCAACGGAGAAAAAUAUCUUGUUUCGAACAGUUUUUCAAAUUUGGCCAAAACUAAAAAUAUUUUAUUCAUCAGCUAGGUUGGAAAAACAAUCUACACAAUCUCUAUCCUUACCAUAGUGGAAACUGAAGUUACGUGUAACACUUGGUAUGUUUGCUAGUGCUGAUCUGUGAAGUAGCCCAUUAUGAUGAAUCAUGGAAGGCUACCAAGAAAUCUGUUACCAAAUGUUGCUUAAUGUUGUUCUAAGACUGUAAAAUGUGCUUUAGGUAAAUCCAUUGUAAAUAGUAUAUUUCCUGUGUAGAUACAAUCACGCCAUUUUUUUUUUUUAGUUAUCCAAUCACAUGUACAUGUACAUGUAGGGAGUGAUGUCCUGUUGAGUGUUUUAAUAAAACAUGGUAU